AUGCAAUAUCUCAUCCGGUUGGCUCAGGCGCAUGAAAGUUUCCGGCGGCCUGAGAUUGAGGCACUUUCGACACUUGCCCAACUGCAUUGUGAGAUUGUUUCUUAUGCCGAGAGCUCACCGUUCUGUGUGGUGCGGUUUCCUGCCCUAGAUAUUACCGUGGUAGGGAAUGGCGGCUCUUUUGAAAGUGUCGAUGCGAGGAUAAAGGACUUCGAAAGCCGUUCCAUCCUCUCAAAGAGCAUCUACGAAAUAUGGGGUCAGGGACGGGACUAUGAUGAACUUCACGCGGAUGUGAAAUCAAGAAGUUCCUAUGUAUGGGAUCGUUUUCGUCAUGUAUCAUUCAAGUUCUCGGUGGACUGUUACGGCAGCACGAGGGAUAUCGAUCAACAGAGAGACAUCAUCAACUCAUUUCGAUACCUUGAUUUCAAGGGCAAGAUCAAGAUGAAGGACCCGCAAGUGGAGUUUGCGGUCCUGGAAGAGUGGCUUCCUCUGACCUCACCGAGUGAAAUCCAAGAGGGCGCUUUACCCUCUAACAAGGCUGUCGACAAAAUAGCAGGUACGAGUUUGAGGAAAGUGUUCCUGGCCCGCAAGAUCGGCGACUCAUGUCGCUGGCUACGGGAGAAGCAUGACCUCAAGAAGCGGCCGUACAUAUCAACAACCUCGAUGGAUGCAGAACUGGCGUUGCUGACAGCAAACAUCGCCCUGGCAAGUCCCGGCAAGAUCUUUCUGGACCCGUUUGUGGGAACCGGAGGCUUUAUGGUUGCCGCCGCAGAGUUAGGAGCUAUUGCUCUAGGAUCAGAUAUCGAUGGCCGGAGUUUUCGUGGGAAAGGUUUCGGUCUAGAUCAGGGUGUAGGAGCCAAUUUCCAAAAGUAUGGUCUAACACAUUUGUUCGGGGAUUGUCUGACUUCCGACUUGACGAAUACGCCGUUUCGGUGUGCUGCGACUGCACUCAAGUCAAGCGAUGGCCGGUGGCUAGAUGGGAUCAUAUGUGAUCCUCCAUAUGGCGUGCGUGAAGGAUUGAAAGUGCUGGGAACGAGAUUGAGGCAAAGUCGUAUCGAGGCAGCAGAUUUCACCGACGAAGAAACUGGUCACUCUGAGAGGUCCAGCCCGUUGACAGAGGUACUGAUCAACGGCGUCCCGGCGCAUACGCUCCCGGGAUACAUCCCACCCAAAAAGCCUUACUCCUUCGCGCGUAUGCUGGACGAUAUCCUUGACUUCGCAGCCAAAACAUUGGUUGAUGGGGGCCGUGUCGCGUUCUGGAUGCCGAGCGCAAACGAAAACGAAGCUGGCGAGGAGGAAGUCACCACCAUACCGACGCAUCGGCAUCUCGAACUGAAACACGAGUGUGUUCAGAGGUUCAACAAGUGGAGUCGAAGAUUGCUGGUGUAUGAGAGAGUGUCUUGGGCCCUCGAUUCAGAGGGAGGCAUUAACGGGUCUGCUAGUCGAGAGGCAUUGGAAGCCAGCACUGGUCGUACGGCUGAUGAACUGAAUCCUUUUCGCAGACGGUAUUUUCAGUCGUUCGGCGCAGAUAGAAAUGGAAGCUAG